AUGCCUAGCGCACAGCACCCACAGGCAAAGUUCGAUCCGAUACCCCCAGAUCUUGAUCUGCCCUCCCUGGUGGAUCGGACGCCGAACUUUCGAUGGGCUCAGCGGGUAUCUCGAGCCCAGAUCCGCAGCCUGAGCCAGCAGGACUUUGAGAAGCUUGUCGCGAUCCACGUCAUAGCAGGCGGCAAGCCCCUGGUCAUUGAAGGCUGGGAUGCUGUUCUGCCUUCAUCGCUGUUCAGUGCGGGAUGGCUUGAGCAUUCUUACGAUAAGAAACAGGAGAAUGUCCGUGACAUUUCCAACGGCACUGAUAUUCCGAUGACCACGGGGCAUUAUCUGCGGUCUAUGAGGCAGCUCACCAACCAGUGGACCCCGAGUACCUACCGCGAUGAGAGGCGCCAGCGACUCUACCUCAAGGACAUCGACUGUCCCGUUGAAUGGCGCGAGGCGUUGCAAAAGGUCAUACACCCUAACCUCUUCUACCUCAACGAAAACGUCACGAGUAAAGGAGGCAAACGGAUGCACGACGAGGAGGUUUCCGAGAGCGAGACGAUUGUUGCGCCGGCCGGAGAUCUCAUGUCCAGCUUACCAGAGGAAAUGCGAGCCCAGAACCUCAUGUGCUACAUUGGCCACGAGGGGACCUAUACGCCAGCUCAUCGGGAGAUGUGCGCAUCGCUGGGGCAGAACAUUAUGGUCGAGGCAUCGCGAGACGAGAACGGAGAAAAAAGGGGCAGCUCGAUCUGGUUUAUGACUGAGAGCAAGGACCGCGAGGUUGUUCGCGAAUACUUCCUGUCGAUGCUCGGCCAUGAUAUUGAGAUUGAGAAGCACUUUGCCCAAGUCAACGCUUGGAAGAAGGCGCCGUUCGAUGUCUACAUUGUCGAGCAAUGUCCGGGCGACUUCAUCCUCAUUCCGCCUCUCGCCGCGCACCAAGUCUGGAACAGAGGGACCAGGACGAUGAAGGUCGCAUGGAACCGUACAACAGUUGAGACGCUGGACCUCGCCCUACACGAAGCGCUUCCAAAAGCUCGCCUGGUGUGCCGGGACGAACAGUAUAAGAACAAAGCCAUUAUCUACUACACUCUUCAGAAGUACCACGGGCUGCUUCAAGGCGCCCAGAAGAAGGCGGAGAUGGUUCAGAUUGGCUUCCCCGGCUUUGGGCGCGAUGUCUUCAGAAGCUCUCCGCGUGUCAAGCAGCUAGCAGCCGACUUCAAGAAACUGUUCGAGCUGUUUACCGAGAUCCUUGUCGAUGAAGUUUUUGCCUUUAAGGAGAAGGACGUCGAGUUUUUACCUUUUGAUUCUUGCGUUACGUGCUCUUACUGCAGGUCCAAUAUCUUCAAUCGAUUCUUGACAUGCAAACACUGCAUCAGACCUCUAAUCAACGGGGAAGAAGACGCAUACGACGUCUGCAUGGAAUGCUAUGCAAUGGGCCGAUCAUGCGCCUGCCUCUCUGGUCUUCAGUGGUGUGAGCAGUGGUCCUGGUCAGAGCUGACUGACAACUAUGAAUCCUGGAGAGCAACUGUAAUCGCCAUUGAUGGCCAUGUGGAUUUGGAACGCUCUCCCCACCCGCUCGAGGUAGCCAGACAAAGGACAGGGAAGAAGUCUCUCGCUCAGAUCUGCCAAGAGGCUUUACGGCGGCGUCCAUGGAAAGAUAUUACGAAGCCAGAGCGUGAAAGUACGCCCAGUGACAGUGAGCCGGGCGACGGGGAGGGCAAACCAGCCAAAAAGUCAAAGAAGAAGAGGAAGAAGAAGGGCGAACUUCAACGAUGCCACGUCUGCUGUCACCCGGACUACAGCUACCGAGUACAUUCAUGCACCAACCCUGGAUGCUCUGAAGCCUACUGCUACGGCGUCUUGUAUCGCGCAUUCGAUCUCAUGCCGCAAACUGUCUUGGAAGACGAGCACUGGCAAUGCCCCAAGUGCCUCGGAAUAUGCAACUGUGGCCACUGCCGCCGAGCAGGCAUCACGCAGCCAUACAUGCCCAAGAACACAUCUCUCGGGCACGAUACUCGCCGGAUAGCCGACGACCGCAGUGUGGAGGCACUCGUUGACUUCCGAAUCCACAACCUGUCUUGGCUCAAGGCCGCAGGGGAGGAGAGCCGUAGCAGGGACAGCAAGAGAAUGCAGUUGCUACGGGAGCAGGCGGAUAAUGCCAAAGCGCAAGACGUGCUCACGCAGGACCACGCAGAGUCCAGGAUGCACCCCAGCUCUGUUUUCACCACGCAGCUGGAGGAGGUUCCUGCAGUCAAUGGUUAUGGAGACCAAAGCCAUGUGCUCGGUCGGGACGGAGGACACCAUCCGGGCUUCCCUCUCGACGCGCCUAAUGUCCAACCUCGCGCCGUUGACAAGGCGCAACAGGAAGUUGCGGCGCCUAUCGCGGCCAACGAAGGAGAGGUUGUGACGGCGGAUUCAUCUCAAUAUCCCGAUCCAUCGGUGUUCGCACGCCAGCGUAUAGGAAUGGGUUACUACGAACAGGAUGACACUCCGGACAAGAUCCUCUUUGAUCCAUACCAGGCGCCUUCCGCAGAGUCGAUGCAAGCUGACGAACCCACAGUUCCGGAGUUUGUAAAGAAAUCCAUCCGGGCAGCCAAGAGAAAAGCGAAACGGGAGAACGAGGACCCCGAAUUCACGGUUCGCAAGAGCCAUCACAAGAGACCCAAGAUUGUACCAGAGUCAACCGAUUUUCUCGACAACAUGGAUCCGGCUCUUUUUGCCGACGGAGGCUCGGCAGCAAUGGCUGCUCCGGCGGCUCCUAUGGCCCCCAUGAAUAGUGAAGCUUCCGCGAUUCCGCCUGCAGCACCCGAAGGAGACGCGGAGCCCAAAGCGCCUAGAAUGACUAUGCCUCUGUAUGAUGCAAAUGAGCCAAUUCUCCGGCAUGCUAAACCACGGGCGUCUUACGUGGAGGUUGACGACCUAGAUCUUGAUGAUAUAGAGGAAACCGCUGUUCCCUCUUGGCCCUCCCCAUCGCUGGACGGGAGCUCAACGAAGCCUCAGAACGGAGCGGGCGGUGAGACUACUCAAGCGGUACAUGCAAACGGCGAUGGACAGGAAACGAGCAAGCCCGAGGGACAACGACCUGACACAUCAAUCCAAGACGCAAAUGGGGAGGCGGUGCCAAAGCGACGUGGCCGACCCCCGAGAAACCCGUCUAAGAAGGCCUCAUCAUCGAUUGUGGUGGGAAUUUCGCCGGCACCCCGAGCUGGCAACGGAAAGAACAAGCGACGGAGGGGACGCCCAAGAAAGGCAUUGUCCACAUCCUUCAAGGAGUCAGACGACAGUCAAGAAGAAGACGAUGGUGAUGCAGGAUUCACGGACACAAAGGAGACGUUGGAUGAUGCGAAGAGAGGCCGACCUCGGAAAUCCGACGUAUCGACUCGGGGCGCAUCCUCCCUUGAUGUGGUCAUACCGGUGCAUUCUCGAUUCAUGUCCAUGGCUGAACGGAUGGCUCUUAAAGGGAGGUCAUUCAAAAUC